AUGGAAGGAUUCGAUAGUAUGAUGAGGGUGGCUUUUCAACUCAUUAGAAUUGUCAGAAUGAUAUUGGUAGUCUUAGAGGCGGUCUCAGGCUUGGCAGUCCAUUGGAGGAAGAGUUGUAUAUAUCCCAUCAAAGAGGUGACACAGAUCCAGGCCUUAGCAAACGUUUUGGGGUGCAGAAUCGAAAAACUCCCAACUGUUUACCUAGGUACGCUACUUGGAAACAACCAUAAAGAGCUAGUGAUAUGGGAUGGUAUAAUUGAAAAAACUGAAAAGAAGCUGGAAAACUGGAAAUCUCAAUAUCUAUCCUUUGGUGUGAGAACCAUUCUGAUAAACUCUGUACUAGACUCUUUACCUACCUAUGUGAUGUCCCUAUUCCCUAUGCCGGUCAAAGUGGAAGAAAUACUUGAUAUAUUAAGGAGGGAUUUUCUUUGGUCGGGAAUCAAGGAAGGUAAAAGAAUACAUCUUGUCAAAUGGCAAACUGCUUUGCUGAGUAGAAGCUCCGUGGGGAUUAGGGAUCAGAAUCAUGAUGGAACUUCCAGGGGAAAUCUCUGGACCAUGGAGUAA